AUGGUGGAAGAAGAUCCGGGCCCUGUUCCAGAGGAAGGGGAGAGAGCACGAGCUGAAAAAGAGGCCACGUGGGCAGAGCUGCAGCGGGUGGGAAGCGCCCAAGGUGAGGCCCAGCUGCAGGCGGCCACCUCCUCCCUGCCCAGCCCACACCCACCACCCGGAUCCUCCUCUCCUGGAGUGGCCGUGCUAGUGAAGACCCCCCUCUGCUGGUCUAGACCACGGGGUGCACAUGGGAGUUCGGGGGCAACGGGGCUGGUAUGGUUUCCGGGGGCUGCAGAAACGUGCUCCCCAACUCAGGGUGAAAGACACGGAACUGACCGUCUCCCAGAUGUGGAGGCCGGAAGUCUGAUCCAGGUGUUUGGUGGGGUGGGCGGGGGCUGGCCCAGGUCCAAGGGGUCUGGAUGCGGUCCUGUCUUGCUGGGUCCAACCACAGCCCCCGCCUGGGACGCCCCUCGGAGUUGGGGGCGGAGCCUGCACCUGACCCCACGAAGUACUUUCCCUGCUGCCACACAGCCCUGGCCGACCUGUCACAAGAGGUGGCAUUUCCCCCGAAGUGAUUGGGCAGGGCCGCGGUGCAGGCCCCUGCCACCAAGUCAUGGCUUUGCUCUUCAGUUACAGGGAGGCACCCUGCCCAGGGCCAUUCUGCCACUGACCCGGGAUGUGGGGCGCAGCUCACCAGCCCCUGGCGCAGAAACCACACCACUGCUGGAGCCGCAGGGCACGGCUGUGACGCCCUCUGAAGACCCUGAAGCCAGCAGGUUCGAGCUCCAGGCAGUGGUUCCUGCAGGGGGCGGGGCCUCCCCGGAGCAGGCGCUGCAGACCCAGCUGCCUCCAGGGACCUGGACCAGGCUGGGGCAGGAGCCCUCCGUGCCCCAGAGCAGUCAUGAACAGGAUCUACUUCGAAUUCGGGCAGGAGGUUCUCAAAAGUCACUGGAGGAUGUUCAUGAGAUUGGCGGGACUAGAGGAGAACAACAUUGUCAUUUGUGAGCACGAGAACCCGGGGAACCUGCCGGAGCAGCACCACGGGAUGCUGCUGUGCUGGCAGAGCAGCUGGGGUGUGCUGCGACCCCCCUCCAGGCUCACAGCAGCCCCUCUGUGAGAUGCAGCUGUGGGAACAUCUGGGAAAUACUAUAAACAAGCUGGCUGCGGAGGAUAUCUCAGGGAGUAAGGAUGCAGAGCCCCGAACUAGUCAGCAAGGGCUGUGAGACAAGUCAGUCCGUGAGAGACAAACCAGCGGCCACUCAGCUGUCACUGGGUCAGUGGGGCAGGGCAUGGGGACAGUUACUGUCAGGUGCCAGCUAUAGAGGCCUUUGUACAGUACUUUAAGUGGUUAAUUAUAUGUUUUUACUAACUUUCUUUGCAUACUGAGAUUUGUAUCUUAAAUAGUAUUUUCACAUGCUUUUAUACUUUUUUUCAGCAGUAAAAUUUAUAUUCUAA